UAAACACAAUUCAUUCAUUCAUUAAAUCAUUUGAAAAUAUAGAAAAAAAUAAAUAUUUAUUUUUUAAUAAAUCAAUAAAUGAUAUAAUCAAUAAUGACAAGUGAAAAUAAUCAAUUAUCUAAACCAAAUUCAUUAUUAAAUAUUGAUUAUUCACAUGAUCAUUUAUCACAAAAAUCAAUAUCGGACAAUGAAACUAUUUCAUUGGAUUAUAAUAAUACAUAUGAUAAUAAAACUUUAUCAUCAUCUCAAAUGAAUCAAAUACAUGAAAAUAUAUUAGAUCAAUGCCAAUUAUCAUCGAAACAAUUCCUUAAUAUUCAUUCAAAUGAUGAUAUAUCAUUAUCUAAAUUAGAUAAAAUGACUAAAUCAUCUAUUACAAAAUUAAAUAAAUUCUAUGAUAAUACACAAAAUGAAUCACAUAAGUCUUCAUUAAAUAAUAAUAAUGCAUCACGUCAUUGGAAAAAAUUACAAUGUACCAUGAAAGUUGUAUUAAGUUCAAUGGAUCAUGUAAAAUUUAAACGUAAAUUAUAUAAUAAUAAUGAUACAUCUAGAAGAGAUUCAUUUAUGUAUCGUUUCUCUACACAAAGACGUGGAACUUAUAGUAAUGACGAAUAUUAUUCUGAUACAAAUUAUGAUCAUUCAUUUAUGGAUCAAUUAUAUUCACAACAAAAAUUAGAUCAUUAUGAUUGUAUUCCAGAAAUUGAUAAUAAUGAUAAUGAUAAUAAUGUUAAUAAUGAAAGAAAAUCAUCAUGUCAUCAAGUUGAUUCAAGUGAACAAAUAACUAACAAUAAUGCUAAUAAUAAUAAUAAUAAUAAUUCAGAAAGCUUGACAACAACAAUUAUUCCAGAAAAAGAAUUAUUAUUGGAAAAUCAAUUAAAUUCAAUACCAAAAGAUGAAAUGUUCUACUUAGAUACACCAACUCCAACAAACAAUAAUAAUAAUAAUACUACUAAUACUACUACUACUACUACUACUUAUAAUAAUAAUAAUGAUAAUAGUAAUACUAAUGAUUAUUCCUUUAAAAAGAAAUUAAGUAAUGAAAUAAAUAAAAAUGAUAAAUAUUUUGAAUUAGAUAAAGAAUCAGGAAAAAAUAAAAAAAUUUUAAAAAAUUAUAAAAACUCUCAUUUAUUCAUUGUAUUUUAUCCAAAUAAUACUGGUUAUAUAAUAUGGUUAACAAUUGUAUCUAUAGCAUUAUUAUAUAAUUUAUGGACUCCAAUAGCACGUCAAGCAUUUGAUGAAUUACAAUCCAAAUAUCAAAUCAUUUGGUUAUCAUUUGAUAUUCUAGCUGAUCUUAUAUAUUUAAUUGAUAUAUUUGUACAAUGUAAUACAAGUUAUUUAAAAUGUGGAUUAAAAGUACGGGAUCAUCAAAAAUUAAUUAUGCGUUAUAUGAAAUCUUAUAAAUUUCUAUUCGAUUUAUUAUCAUUAUUUCCAUUAGAUUUAAUACAAUUUAAAAUUGGGAUACAACCAAUGUUACGUUUUCCAAGAUUUUUCAAAUGGUAUCGUUGUCAUGAAUGGAAAAUACGUGUAGAAAAUAGAACUAUAUUUCCUAAUUUAUGGAGAGUAUUAAAUUUAAUUCAUAUAUUAUUCUUAGGUUGUCAUUGGUUUGCUGCAUUUUAUUAUUUAAUAUCAAAAUAUGAAGGAUUUAAAAAUCCAUGGGGUUAUCAACCAUAUACUGAUGCAGAACAAGUAACAAUGUCAAGAAGAUAUUUAAAAUCAUUUUAUUGGGCUACAUUAACUUUAACAACAAUUGGGGAUUUAAGCUCACCUUCUAGUAGUAUAGAGCUUACAUUUACAAUUGUGUCAUACCUCAUUGGUGUAUUCAUUUUUGCAACAAUCGUUGGUCAAGUUGGAAAUAUUAUCACCACAAGAAAUGCUCAUCGUACUGAAUUCGAAAAAAUAUUAGAUAAUGCUAAAAGUUAUAUGCGUGAAAAUUCAGUGAAUAAAGAUCUUCAGAAUCGAAUUCUUCGCUGGUAUGAUUAUGCUUGGUCAAAAGGUAGUGGACGAGGCGGUCAAGAUAUUAAUUCAUUGGGAAUGUUACCAGAUAAAUUAAAAACAGAACUUGCACUCAAUGUAAAUUUGGAAACAUUAAAAAAGGUGACAAUAUUUCAUGAAUGUCGACCAGAGUUUUUACAUGAUAUUGUUUUGAAAAUGCGUCCACUAGUUUUAACACCUGGUGAUUUAAUUUGUCGUAAAGGUGAAAUAGCACGUGAAAUGUUUAUUAUUGCCGAUGGUGUACUUGAAGUACUCAGUGAAGAAAGUGAAGUUCUUUCUACAAUGGGUCCAGGUGAUUUUUUUGGUGAAAUUGGUGUAUUAAAUUUGGAUGGGAUAAAUAGACGAACUGCUGAUGUGCGUGCUGUUGGAUAUGCUGAAUUAUUUGUUCUAGCACGUGAUGAUAUAUUAAAGGCAUUGAAAGAUCAUCCAGAAGCUGAGUUUGUUAUCCGUAAGCACGCAGCAAAACGUUUAUAUGAGUCACGUCAUCGACGGUCAGGUAUUUUACAAGGAAAAAAAUCACCAUCCUGUAGUUCUAAUUUUUCAAGUAAAUUCUCUCCAACACUACAAACACAUCCACAUUUAUUUCCUAUGGGAAAUACAAUAGGAUGUUCAGCUAGUAGAGAAUUAUCACGAUUUUCUACAAGUCCAGUUUGUUUAGAUAAAUUCUCACCACAUCGUCGGUUAACAAACUAUAAUGUUCAAUCAAGUGAAAGAUGUAUGAACAACUCUGAUAAACAAUACUUGAUAACACUUAUGGAUACUAUGGAACAGUUCACAGAAAGAUGGGAUAAUAUUUUGGUUUUAAUUGUCAGCUUUGAACUUUCAUUUUUCUAGCGUUUUCACAUCGUUGUAGUUGAAGAAGUUUGACGGAAGUAUACUGACAUUUUAUGUAGGAUGCAAAAUAAAUAUAUUAUAAAAAGUGAUGAUUUACGUUGACUGGGCUUCCUGGAACAUGUAUUUCAUAACCCUAGAAUCCUUUUAGUUAAGUUUAUUUGGUAUGUUGUGGUCUGCGUGGGUGUUGAUAGGAUCGGAAAGACUACCUUAUUUUGCUUAGAAUCCUCCAUAUGUGUUGGGAUAUUCAGGAAAAUAUCCCAAAAAUUAUCCUGUUAAGCCUAAUGCUAUCCUUGGACAUGGAAUGGUAUCAUCUUAUUGGUCAAUAUUUGUUUAACGUGUCAUUUUCCUA